AUGGCUCCUCCACAGGCUGCUCUCGAGUUCCUUGACUUUGUGAAUGCCUCGCCUACCCCCUACCACGCGACCGCCAGCGCUGCGGCGCUCCUCGAUGCCGCCGGCUUCACCAAGAUCAAGGAGCGCGACAACUGGGCAUCCACGGUUCAGCCCGGCGGGAAGUACUAUCUGACACGCAACGGAUCGUCGGUCGUCGCCUUCGCCGUCGGCAAGCGCUGGCAGCCGGGUAACCCCAUCGGCAUGAUCGGCGCGCAUACCGAUUCUCCCUGCCUCCGAGUCAAGCCCGUCAGCAAGCGCUCCGCCAACGGGUACCUGCAGGUCGGCGUCGAGACGUACGGCGGCGGCAUCUGGCAUAGCUGGUUUGAUCGGGACCUGAGCGUUGCCGGUCGUGUCCUGGUUCGCGAGGGGAGUGAGGGCGGCGAACCCAACUUUGUGCAGAAGUUGGUCAAGAUCGAUAAGCCUAUCCUGCGGAUCCCCCAUCUAGCGAUCCACCUGCACCGCGAGUCCAACUUCAACCCCAAUAAGGAGGACGAGCUGUUGCCCAUUGCCGGUUUGGUCGAGGCCGAGCUGAACAGGCCGGCCACUGAGACCGCCGACAGCGCCAGCGAAGCCGACUAUCAGCCCUUGAAGGCCCUCCCCGAGCGUCAUCACCCCAGAUUCUUGGAACUGGUCGCCGAGCAAGCCGGCGUAGACGUCUCCCAAAUCGUCGACUUCGAGCUGGUCCUCUACGACACCCAAAAGGCCUGCAUAGGCGGCAUGAACGACGAGUUCAUCUACUCCGCGCGCCUGGACAACCUUAACUCGACCUUCUGCGCCAUCAAAGGCCUCAUCACCUCCGUCUCAACCGUCCCCCUCGACAACGACAAAUCCAUCCGUCUUGUGGCGUGCUUCGACCACGAAGAAAUCGGCUCGCUCUCGGCGCACGGCGCCGACUCGAACCUCCUCCCAGCCAUCCUGCGCCGCCUCUCCGUGACCCCCUCCCUCUCCGACGCCUCCAACCCCCCAUCAGCCUCCUCCACAGCCUUCGAGCAAACCCUGUCAACCUCCUUCCUCCUCUCCGCCGACAUGGCGCACGCGGUGCACCCCAACUACGCCGCCAAGUACGAGCGCAAUCACACCCCUUCCAUCAACGGCGGUCCUGUGAUCAAGAUCAAUGCCAACCAGCGGUAUGCCACCAACUCGCCUGGUAUUGUUUUGCUGCAGGAGGUGGCGCGCUCCCGGGCCGUGCCGCUGCAGUUGUUUGUGGUUAAGAACGACUCGCCGUGUGGGAGUACUAUUGGGCCGAUGUUGAGUGCUAAGCUUGGGGUGAGGACGCUGGAUAUGGGGAAUCCGCAGCUGGCGAUGCAUAGUAUUAGGGAGAUGGGGGGCGUGAAGGAUGUGGAGUUUGCGGUGAGGCUGUUUGAGGGGUUUUUGAGCCGGUUUGGGGAGUUGGAGGGGAGGAUUUUGGUUGAUUGA